CGCUCCAUGUGACGCUGCUGGGGCUGUAACAAAAAUCCAGUAUGGCGGAAUCUGUCAGGAGAUGAUUUUUUUUUUGCUCCCCCCCACCUCCUCCUGGCGCUGAGAAAAACCCCAGAGUCUAACAUGGGAGAGAAAUAAAAGCCCUGUGGGACACAUGUUGGGACGGCUGGCCUCCUCCUGGCCCUUGUAGGUUGGUACCGGUGUGAGACAUCAAGCUGCUGCUCUGAUUGGAGUAACCAAAUCAAAAACCUCAUGGGGAUUGGCUGCAGCUGGACGUCUGCUUCCUGUUUCCAGCCUUGAGGGAUUCUUGAGGGGCCGUCCUGAGUGUUGGAUCAGCCUAAACACACACACACGCACACACACACACACACACACACACACACACGCACGCACACGUGCGCACACACACGCACACACACAGUUUUGGCAGGCUAGUGGCCUCCUGAUUACCACCCUGUAAAUCACGCACACACACACACACACACACACACACACGCACACACACACACACGCACACUCAUCUGCAAUACACAAACAGAGCUGGGUGCUCGCUUGCAGUACUCUGUGGACAGCCACCUGACCGACCUGUCAGCGAUGACAUCACACAGCCACCAAGAGGGGAUCCUGGGAAAGGAACAGCCGCUGGAGGUUCUGAAGACAUCGGCUCUCAACCACAUCCCAACAGUGGACAUCAACUCGGCGCUGCCCCUGCGUCUCCCUCCAGCUGCCAUCCCAAUGGACCUGCGCGUGGACCAUCACCAGCAACAACAGCAGCAGCAGCAGGUGUCCUCGCUCUCCCCGCCCGGUCAUCAGUCGCCAGGCCCGCUCGGAGGUACGGGCCAGGCCGGCGGGGGCGUGGUGGCGGCCUCGGUGCGCGAGCAGCAGCUGCAGCAGGAGCUACUGGCCCUGAAGCAGAAGCAGCAGAUCCAGCGGCAGAUCCUCAUCGCAGAGUUCCAGCGGCAGCACGAGCAGCUGUCCCGCCAGCACGAGGCCCAGCUCCAGGAACACAUUAAGCAGCAACAGGAGCUGCUGGCGUUGAAGCACCAGCAGGAGCUGCUUGAACACCAGAGGAAGAUGGAGAACCACCGUCUGGAGCAGGAGCUGGAGAAACAGCAGAGGGAGCAGAAACUGCAGCUGCUGAAGAACAAGGAGAGGGGACAAGAGAGUGCCGUAGCCAGCACCGAGGUGAAGAUGCGUCUCCAGGAGUUUGUCCUGAACAAGAAGAAGGCCCUGGCCCAGCGGAGCCUCAACCAAGGAGGCCUCCCCAAUGAUGCUCCCUACUGGUACCGCAAAACCCAGCACAGCUCUCUGGACCAGAGCUCGCCUCCACAGACUGGUGUGUCCACCUACAACCACCCUGUGCUGGGCGUCUACAACCCCCGGGAUGACUUCCCGCUGCGAAAAACUGCCUCGGAGCCCAACCUGAAGCUGCGCUCCCGGCUGAAGCAGAAGGUGAGCGAGCGGAGGAGCAGUCCGCUGCUGCGGCGUCGAGACAGCCCCAUCACCACCGCCAAGAAACGCUCGCUCGACAUGGCAGACUCUGCGUGUAGCAGCGCUCCCGGCUCAGGCCCUAGCUCCCCAAAUAACAGCUCCAACAACAUCCCCAAUGAGAACGGCAUCACUGUGUCAGUCUCCAACAACACAGAGGCGUCUUUGGCCCAGAGGCUGUGCAGUGGCGCCGAGCGGGGCUCCGUUAACCAGCUGUCCCUCUACACUUCACCAUCCUUACCCAACAUCACCCUGGGGCUGCCCGCCACUGCCACGGCCACCGCUGCUUCCAAUGUGACCUCGGCCCAGCAGGAUGGAGGCCUUCAGCCGGCCCUCUCCCUCAGCCCCCCCUUCCUUUCUGGUGGCCACCUGUCGCCUUACCUGACUGAGGCAGGGGCCGGAACAGGCGGACAUGGCGCGCACAGUCCGCUGCUCCAGCACAUGGUGCUCAUGGAGCAGAGCCCGGCACAGAGCCCCCUGGUGACAGGUGUAAGCGGCCUUUCCAUGUCGUCAGCAGCAUCCAUGGCCAAGCUGCAGCGGCAGCACCGGCCCCUGGGGAGGACCCAGUCGGCCCCGUUGCCCCAGGGGAGCGCCGCCCAGGCUCAUGCCCAGGCCCUGGCCCUGCAGCAGCUGGUGGUCCAGCAGCAGCACCAGCAGUUCCUGGAGAAGCACAAGCAGCAGUUCCAGCAGCAGCAGCUCCACCUCAACAAGAUGAUGGCCAAACCCAGUGAGUCACCUGUUGGGCGUCAGCACCAGAGCCACCCCGAGGAGACGGAGGAGGAGCUCAGAGAGCACCAGGACGGGGGAACUCUGCCGCCGGGGGUCACCAUCAAGCAGGAGCCCCUCGACCCGCAGGAGCUGCAGGAGGAGGCCAUGCAGCAGCACAGGGAGCGGGAGAGGCAGGCAGAGCAGGAGCUGCUUUUCAGACAGCAGGCUUUGUUGUUGGAGCAGCAGCGGAUUCACCAGCUGAGAAACUAUCAGGCCUCCAUGGAGGCUGCCGGCUUGUCGAUCUCCUUCCCGGGACACCGCCCCCUGUCCAGGGCCCAGUCGUCUCCGGCCUCGGCUUCCUCUUUCCCAAUCAGCGUCCCGGCCCCUGAUCCUCCCGUCAAACCUCGAUUCACCACAGGUCUGGUGUAUGACUCUUUAAUGCAGAAGCACCAGUGUAUGUGUGGAAACACCAACAGCCACCCGGAGCACGCAGGACGGAUUCAGAGCAUUUGGUCGCGGCUGCAGGAGACUGGACUCAGAGCGCAGUGUGAGUGUAUCCGUGGGAGGAAGGCCACUCUGGAAGAGCUGCAGACGGUUCACUCUGAAGCCCACGUCCUACUGUAUGGAACCAACCCUCUCCGACAGAAACUUGAUUGUUCAAUCACUCCCAUGUUUGUACGGCUACCGUGCGGAGGAGUGGGGGUGGACAGCGACACCAUUUGGAACGAGGUCCACUCCUCCAGCGCGGCUCGUCUCGCUGUCGGCUCCGUGGUGGAGCUUGUUUUCAAAGUGGCUACCGGAGAGCUGAAGAACGGUUUCGCUGUGGUCCGCCCUCCUGGACACCACGCGGAGGAGAGCACUCCCAUGGGUUUCUGCUACUUUAACUCUGUUGCCAUCGCAGCCAAACUGCUGCAGCAGAGACUCAGCGUCAACAAGAUCCUCAUCGUGGACUGGGAUGUUCACCAUGGCAACGGCACCCAGCAAGCGUUUUACGAUGACCCCAAUGUCCUUUACCUGUCCAUUCAUCGCUACGAUGACGGCAACUUCUUCCCUGGAAGCGGGGCACCUGACGAGGUGGGCAGUGGUCCUGGAGUCGGGUUCAACGUCAAUGUUGCCUUCACCGGAGGCCUUGACCCCCCCAUGGGAGAUGCAGAGUACCUGGCUGCCUUCAGGUCAGUGGUGAUGCCCAUAGCCAAUGAGUUUGCUCCGGACAUUGUGCUAGUCUCCUCAGGCUUCGAUGCAGUGGAGGGACACCCCCCACCGCUGGGUGGCUACACGCUAACGUCCAAAUGUUUUGGAUAUCUGACCAGGCAGCUGAUGACCCUCGCUGGAGGCCGGGUGGUCCUGGCUCUGGAGGGGGGUCACGACCUCACCGCCAUCUGUGACGCCUCCGAGGCCUGCGUGGCCGCCCUGCUCGGCCAGGAGCUGGACCCGCUGCCAAAGGCCGUCCUCGAGCAGAGGCCCAACCCCAACGCUGUGCGCUCUCUGGAGAAAGUUUUAGAGACUCACAGUAAGUACUGGCGCUCUGUGCACCGCUACUCGCCGCGGCUGGGGUUUUCCCUGCUGGAGGCCAAAAGAGGAGACUCGGAGGAGGCUGAGGCCGUCAGCGCCAUGGCCUCUCUGUCUGUGGCCAACACCAACACCAUGGAUCAGAGGCCGGAAGAAGAGCCAAUGGAGGAGGAGGAACCACUGUAACGGCGGGAAACGAGGGUGUCACACUGUUACUAUUGACCUCUCCGGAGAACGCCUCUUUGAGCUGCGAAGAGUCACGACUGAUCCCUUCAUUUAGUCCCCCUAACCCCACUCACCACGUCAGUCACCUUGAUUGGCGGCCCCUCAGCCAAAAUGAGGGAGAGGGGGUGGGCUCAGCCUCAGAGUAGGGAGCCAAUCAGGAGACAGAGGACUGAAUUGGGAAAAAAAACAUAUUAAACAUAACAGCGCUGCUUUGGCGGCACUCGCUCAGAGACACUCAUUUUUUUCUGUCAGUCUUCGCACCCCCAUGUUAGCGCACAGCGGCUAACUGAGUGACCAAGGCAGCGGGCGGGUGUAUUUGCAGCGGGAGCGAGAUCAGGUCUCACCUUAGAAAGGUGUGAUAACACCUCUGCAGAAACAUACGGUGCUUUACACAGCUGCCCUCUGACCACACACAGUAUGGACACCAGGGACAGCAGACGUCCCGAGCUGUCGAACGCAGCUCGGGGAUUUUCUUUUCUCUUUUCUCAACUAUUUUUCCCGACAAAAUAAGGGCAUCGCGGCAACUGAGAUAAUAUUUUACAAGAUGCAUUCACUGUGGACUUUGGUCGGCCGAAGUUUGAGUAGGCUCUUACAAAGAUUUGAUGGUGAGACUGUCACCUUGCUGGACCAGCCUGUCGUUGAGGGUUGACGAGUGAGAGGAGUGCCUUGGGAGGGUCCGCUGGAUUUCAGGAUUGUUCAGGAAAAGAUUGCCUUAAGUUAAAAGAUUUUUCUCGCUGAGGAAGCGGUGUGAGGGCGGGAGACGGAGAGUUUCAAGUCCUUUCGGGGACGAGAACGACAAAAAUAAAGCAAACAAUCUUUCAGCAUGUUUACUUGGAUCGUGAUGAAGACAACAUUUAUGUCUCUCACAGCCUCUCUUGAAGAGUUACUUUACUUUUGGAUGGAUCUAUUUUUCUGUAAAAAAAAAAGAAAAAAAAAAGUAAACGCUUUGUAAAGGUAGUUGCCAGCUUCAGUAGAAAAAGGUGCAAACAUGGAGACCUUCAAACAAGGAAAUUAGAUUGAACACUGUCAAAAAGGUUUAGCCUUUAAUGUAGCUUCCCUUUAACCGAAAUCAUUGCUUUGUAAAACACAUAAAGCAUGCGUUUGAGCAGAGAGACCGGACAUUUCUGCAAGAUUUUUGAAUGUUAUCCAAAAGAGAAAGCCAAGCAAGAAAAGCCAAAGCAUGAGUUUGCAUAUACAGUAGUACUUUCACUCCACUUAGCUGGCAAGUCGACAAACAUUUCUCGUAUUGGCCCUUUUCAGAUAAGGCUCCCAGUACCCAGUUCAAUGUUUACUAAUUUAAUCCUUCACAGAUCAAGUGAGCAUUUCUUUACCUGUGCUGAUCGACCUCCCAUGCUUUGCCGGUUGGCAACUACCUUGGUUACUGGUGUGAGCUAAACAUUAGUCAUGUAUAUUGAAUUGAAUAUAUUUUGAGAGGCAGUAAUGGAGUAUUGCCUGUUUGUAUCUACAUGUAUGAUUUCCACAUCAAGUUGUCGAUUUACAAUAUCAAAAAUGUGUUUGGUAAGCGUGUCCACUUUUUAUUUUUUAUUGUACAAGAUUAUUUUUCUAACUUUUUUCAUCCAUAGAUUUUGUUCUGUGUUUUUAUCCGUUUUCUGGAUAGUUAUAGGGCUGCCAUUCACAUAAUUAGUACUAUUGUCACAUCUUGUUCAGAAACUUUCUUUCUUUCUUUCUUUCUUGUAUUUAUCAAAAAUAAGGAGCAACACUUCCCUCCUUUCUUCCUUUCUUUCUACGGCUCUCUAAGCCCUUCUGCAUUUUCAUCACUUGUGUAUUUAUAACAUGUACUGUUUAUAGGAGAUUUGUAUAUGGAAAAUUUAUAAAUGUACUCUAACUAAUGACAGCUAUGAUAUUGUGAGCGAAAAGCAGUAUGGUGUAUGAUAUUACUCCAUGAACUUAAAAAAAGCAGCAUAUUUAACUCGUCAUCAACUGCACUGUUGCCCUUAACUGAACCGUGGUCAUUAUAUGGCACUGCAAUUGACUUUUUAACAACCUUCAGAGUAAGACAUUUGAUCACUUUGUUGCCUAAUCGAUACAUUUUUCCUCUUGUGCAUGGGCGAUAUGCACUUAACCUUUCGACUGUGACAACAUCACACAUCCCAAGGAAAAAAAAAAGAGGUUUAGAGGCCGUUUUAUGUAGCUAAGUUUUCCUCGGCGGGAAAAGAAAAGACGGAGACACGGAUGUCAAGAAAAGCGGAAUUGUAACCAGUUUUGGAUGGAAAACAUUAACCGAUAAUUUUAACAAUUUCUCUCUGAGCAUGCGUUGCACUGUCACGUUCGACUGUCCAUAACAUCAGUUUCUUCCUCUUCCCUUUUCCUGCUUGAAUCCAACCAACCUGACACUACUAGUAGAAAUUACAUUCAAAUAAUAACCCCAAUUUGUCAAUUGCUUUGUUAAACACCUGAUUAAAGACGACUAUCAUGAUUAUUUUAAGUUGAUAUCAUUUUAUAAACUUGUAAAAUUUGAGAUUAAGUUGAUAUUUUUUCAUGUUCUAACAAAACAUUCCACUUGUUACUUGUUUAAUUUGGCCUAACAUUUUUUUUAUUUAAGAUGAAUUUGAGGUUUUUUGUAGAAACUUUAAUACUACUUUUUCUUUUUUGCUGUCUGCUCGCGCCAACUUUAACUCUUUGCAUGGUUUGUGAGUCAGCAUGCCUGCUUGUCUAUGUAAUAAAAAUGUAUUUGCACAAUAGAAGAAGAACACUGGAGGACUUAAAAAGCAAAACCUCCCAAAGCAACUCCCCCAAGAGCACCAGGCGGGACGGUUUUCUUCCUCUCUGGUGUUCAAACAAUUCAAAAGACUUUUGUCCAAAUGACUCCACUGAGAAACAUUUGAUAUUGUUCUUAUUGAAUAUCGUUUCCAAUAAGUGAUUUUAACAAGAUUCAGCACUUAACAACAUGUAUGGACUGUGUUUAAGAGAAAUGUGCUCUGCCAAACCUCUGCUACAUUCACACCUUAAAAAAGACUCUCCCAAAGAAUGUUCCUCUUUCAAAAGGUUUUUUAAACGGGCACUAUUAACGGUAGAGAAAUGACGGAUAUCAGUUGAGAGAAGGUUUGGAAAAAAAGGGCAUCGUCGUUUGAUUGUCACACCCACCUCGGCCAGUUCUCUAUAUAUAUAACCACUGUGGCUCAAGAGCAAUUCUUGGUUUACAUGUAAAUGGAUUAAAAAGUUAUUUUUUGUUUGUUGUUUGUCUCUAUUGAUGAAAAAUGUUAUCUUUCUUUGGGACCUACGCUUUGGACAUUUCAUCUCUGACAUCAUCUAUAAAAUAUAUUUCUGAAAAAUAUAA